AUGAUUUUAGAUGGUUUUAAUCUUGAGGUUCUAGUAAACUCUUCAAUACUCCGAGAAUAUCGCGAGCCAGCUUACAGUUACAAAUCUUCUACGGGUCCUUCUUAUGUGUAUAUUAGAGGUAAAUCGAAGAAAUUCGAAAGUCCUGAUAAUUUUUAUGUUGCCGUACCUGAAGUAGAAUCUCGCUUUUCGUUGAGAUUCGGCUCAGCCAUCGCAACACUUGCAAACCCUAUUGUCGUCGAGAUCUAUGUGGAUGGAAAUCACGACUUCACCUAUGACUGUUUAGUUGGCCCAGUUCAAGCCGAAAGAGAUGGAUUUUGGAAUGCAACUCGCGACAAAAAAGCUUACUUUAAAUUCUCGAAAACUCGGUGGACCAAUGACGAAAUCAACAGCAGCGAUCCAAUUGACAACUACACAAAUAAUAAUACUCCGAAAAAGGGUGGCAUUGGUGCGAUCACAUUGAUUUUCUAUCUUGCUAAACGCGUCCGGAUCAAAAAUGAAGCUCCUUUCAAAUUCACUUUGGAAAAAGUCGCAAUACCCGAGUCAAAAGAAAACAAAGGGAUCGAGUUUUCUACCGAAUUUGAAGAGGGACCAGAGUCACCACCGUCGGAUAUUAAGGAGGGAGAGUGUUCAAUGAAACCUGUGGAUGACAAUCCCAUCGCUGUUUUGAAUAUUCAUUAUCGUCCGAUGAAUUGGUUAAUCGCUUGUGGAAUAACUGAGCUUAAAAUUUAUCCAGAUAUUUCUACCGAUGAUAUUAUCGAUAUUAAAGAUUUUCAGCCACUGCCAUUAACAAAGAAAGACGAUUCUGUGAAUAGUAUAAAAGUGGAGGAAGAUGUUGUAUUUGUCAAAGACAAAGACUCAAAGAGUGAGUCGUCAUCGUUAUCGUCGUUAGUCAAAGACAACAUUAAAAAGGAGGAAAAUCAAGCUUUGAGGAAGCGCAAAGAUUCGUACGUAAUUAUAGAUUUGACAGUUCCGAAUAAGAAAGUAAAACAAAAAUAUCAGGAAACUAUCAUCAUAUUGGAUUCGGACAAUGAAUAA